CACACCUUAGCCAUUGUAGAGGUGGGUAGCAGCAUUCUUUCUGUGGAUCCCUCUCUCAGUCACAACAAGACAACAUCUAUUGAUCCUGUUCCUGAUCCGUGUUAGGAGGAGGAGUGGGUUCUGAGACUUCCAACUGAAAGAUCACAAACAGCCAUACAUUACCAUUAUUCUCUGGGUGCCGUUGGCAACAACCAAUACAAUGAUAAUAAAAGAUUUGCCGUCGGAUCACAUCUAUGCGUACGCUCUGUCCAAGACUCUGAUUAAAGUGUCCUCUCCUGCUACAGUGGGCCUCUACUCAUCAUGUCAGAACCGCAUCAACAUGAUCCUCAGAUAUAUAGAGGUCCACAUGGAGCAGGAGGCAGAGAGGAGGGAGCAGAGUUACCAGGGCAGGUCCAAGCCUCGUUCUGUCAAAGCCUCCAUCACUGGUCUCCUAGCUCUGAUCUGCAGGCUGCUGUUCUACCGACCCGUCUGGACCGAGGAGAACCAGCGACGACAGAAUGUCCGGUUCAUCUAUGUUCGGUUCUCCGCAUGGCACUUCGCCGGGAGUGACCUCCUCUGGGCGGGGCUGGUGAUGAGACUGUGCCUGGCACUGCAGGAGAGCCUAGAGCUGGGUCUGUACCGCGUGGCGCAGCACGACGAGGAGGAUGAGGUGAGGAAGAAGGUGAUUGAAAACACAUCGUCAGAGUGGAGAUCUAAGAAGUUCUGCUGUUUCCCCCUCUGGUCCCUGGUCCUGGCCGUGCUGCUGGCUGCUCUCACAGUCCUCGUCUUCCUGGUGAGAAUCAGAAGGUGA